AUGUGGGAAGUUGAUGACUUCGAUGUUGGGAAGGCUCUGACCCAGGAGGAAAGGGAAGUGGAACACCACUUCACAAGAAACGUCACAAGGAGCGGAGAUGGUCGCUACACUGUUCGUCUCCCCCUGCGACAAUCCAUGCUGCCGCUGCUUGGUGACUCUUACAGCUCUGCUCUUCACCGCCUUUUGAUGAUCGAGAGACGUUUCGCUAAAAACUCAAGCCUUCGAGAAGAGUACAUCAGGUUUAUGGAUGAAUACGUCAAUUUGGGACAUAUGGAAGUGGUCAUACGCGUCGCGGGCCCGCAGUUCUUCUUGCCGCACCACGCCAUCCAUCGUCCGGAAAGCAGCACCACUAAAACCCGUAUCGUUUUCGACGCCAGCAGCAAAGCAACUGGUCAUCUAUCACUAAACGAAGUGUUGCAGACUGGCCCCAUCGUACAGCCCCCACUGAUCUCGACAGUGAUUAAUUUCCGGAUGCCCAAGUUUGUUUUCACGGCUGACGCGGAGAAAAUGUUCCGCCAAGUCUGGAUACACCCGGAAGAUCGAAAGUUUCAGCAGAUCCUCUGGCGCCGAGAUCCUUCGCAGCCAGUACAAACAUAUCAGCUCAAAACGGUCACGUACGGGCUCACUAGUUUUCCGUACCAUGCAGCUGCUGUGCUCAACAAACUGGCAGAGGACGAAGGACAGAAAUAUCCUCUUGCGGCACCCGUCGUAAAAGAACGUUUCUACGUUGACGAUGUUUUGGCCGGAGGAGACGAUCCAGGGGAGGUAGCGGAGACUUGUCGACAGUUGCAGGCUCUGUUAGCAAAGGGAGGAUUCACAUUGCGGAAGUGGUGCACAAACGAUUCAAGAGUGUUGCAACACAUCCCUAGCGAGCUGUGGGAAAAUGCUUCGCAAAUCGAAAUCGGUCAGUCCCAUCUUACAAAAACUCUCGGACUGCUAUGGGAUGCCAGCUCAGAUUGCUUCAGAAUAAAAAUUCCUUCGCUGACGGAAUUGAAUGGAGUAACCAAGCGCGUCGUGGUGUCGGAGAUGUCUCAGCUUUUCGACCCACUCGGAUUCCUUGGACCGGUAGUGAUUAACGUCAAAAUGUUCAUUCAGGAGCUAUGGACGAAGUGUCUAUCUUGGGACGAAGAGUUAUCUGACGAAGACAGCAAUUGGUGGCAGAAUUUUCGUGUGGAAUUACCCAUUCUCGCGAAGCUCACAGUGCCCCGGUGUGUGCUUCCCAAUCAACAACGCGAAUAUCAACUCCAUUGUUUCAGUGAUGCGUUUCAGCGAGGGUAUGGUUCCUGUGUCUAUGUUGUGGGACAAAACGCAAGUGGAGAAAUUGAAAGACACCUUUUGAUCGCCAAGUCACGUGUCGCUCCGUUACGUGGCUUAUCAAUACCGCGCCUAGAGUUAUGUGCUGCGGUUCUCGGAAGUCAGCUGGUACAGAAAUUACGGACCACUGAAUUCGUCGUCGCUAGUGCUACAUUUUGGACAGACUCAACUGUGGUACUACACUGGAUUCGUUCGGUGUCUACAAAAUGGAAGGUGUUCGUCUCCAACAAAAUAACUGAGGUUCAGGGUCUCACCAGAGGCUCUCAAUGGAGACACGUUCCUACACAUCUAAAUCCAGCGGAUCGUAUUUCACGUGGCGUCCGCCCAACACAAAUACAGGAAGACACAUUGUGGUGGCACGGUCCAAACUUUCUCGCUGGACCGAAGGACUGGCCUGAAAUCUUGCCAAACUCAUCAGACAUCGAUGUUAUCCAGGAACGGCGCCAAAUCAUCGCUUUGACUUCCAUCGUCGUGGAUAAUUCCAUUUUUGAUCGUUACGCCGAGCUGGGACGCUUGCUGAGAAUAUCUGCAUGGUGCAUCCGGUUUGCCGCAAACUGUCGUCGCCAGAAGGAUGAACGUAACUUUGAAAGGAUUACACCACACGAGAUAGAUAGCGCGUUGAAGAUCCUCGUUCGUAAGGCACAGGUAACAGUUUUUCAUCGUGAGAUUAUACAGCUCGAAUUACAAAGACGUGAUUCCAACUACACGGUCGAACUUGAUAAUAAAUCCCCCCUGAAACAUCUGAAUGUCUUCCUCGACAUCAAUAGUUUACUACGCCUCGAUGGACGUUUGCGGAAUGCGUCAAUCCCCUACGAUUCUAAAUAUCCGAUGAUUCUCCCAGCAGACCAUCGCUUGAGCCUCCUCCUAGCUCGAUCACUGCAUUUGCAAACAGCUCACUCUGGACCUUCAUUGCUGUUAGCAACCAUGCGCCAACGGUUUUGGCCUUUGCGUGGUCGGCAGCUGGUGCGUAAGAUCGUGCGCUAUUGUAUUACCUGCUUCAAGUGUCGCCCACCUAAUAUGCACCAGCAAAUGGCACCGUUACCUGCGGUUAGAGUUGUUCCGUCCCGAGUGUUUUCAAAGGCUGGCCUCGAUUACUGCGGGCCAUUUCUAAUUCGUCCGUUAUAUGGGAGGGGGGCAAACGUGAAAAUGUAUAUAGCGGUUUUCGUUUGCCUGGCGGUAAAGGCGGUGCAUUUUGAAAUCGUUCCCGACCUUACGUCCGCUGCCUGUAUAAACGCAAUUACACGAUUCGUCUCGCGAUACGGCCGAUUACUUGAGCUCCAUUGUGAUAAUGCGACAGCUUUCGUCGGGGCUGAUCGCGAGUUGAGAGCAGCACGCGCGCGUUAUCUGCAGCAGUUCCAAACGAACGAAUGGGAGAACUACUGCCUGGAUUCAGGAAUUGAGUUCCACUUCAUCCCGGCUCGCUCACCACACUUCGGGGGGUUGUCGGAGGCCGGAGUGAAAUCCUUCAAAUAUCACUUCCGCCGGAUAUUCGGAAACAGAUCCUAUACACUGGACGAGUUCUCUACUGCUGCUGCCCACAUCGAAUGUAUCUUAAACUCUCGGCCUCUCACUCCCUUAACAGACCAUCCAGAUGACCUUGACGUAUUGACUCCCGGCCACUUUCUGAUCGGGGAGCCAAUGUUCUCGAUACCUCAGCCCGAUGUUUCAGACGUAAAUUUGAUGCGUCUCUCUCGAUUACAGGAAAUGCAGAGAUUGAAGCAAGAUUUCUGGAACAAAUGGUCCAGGGAUUAUGUCAGCCAACUUCACCAGCGAUCGAAAUGGAAGACAGCUGUUACCAACGUCCGAAAGGGAGCGCUAGUCUUGCUUAAGCAGGAUGGACUACCACCGUUCAUGUGGAAUCUUGGCCGGGUGGUAGAGACGUACGUCGGUUCCGAUGGGUUGGUACGGGUGGUACUCGUACGAACUGGUCAAGGAACGUACAAGCGAGCCAUCACCGAAGUUCGAGUCCUACCGCUGGAGAACGAAGGAAACCAUGAGCAUCGGGUGUUGGGAGAGGAUAAUGGAGCAUCCCAACCACCACAAUAA